GUGGCUGUAAUUAAAAGGCUUUGUGUGUAACUCCCGAUCAGUGGAGCGUGUCAGCUGCAGCAAGCUGUGACUUGACUUAUGCUCUAAUCCGUUGAACACACAGUCACAGCAGAAAAACAUCAGCUGCUUUCACUGACUCAUGAUCUCCUUCCGUGUGGUUCUCGCUGACUCUGUGGUUUUUGCUCGUGCAGCUUCAUCAGCCAGCGCCGGACUGAAACACAGCGAGCGCUGGCACCGAGCACAGAGCCGUAAACCUGGGUGGGUCGUUGGUUGGGAGGCUGAAUGCAGAGGUUUAUAUCAACCUUUUCAAAUCAAUGCUCAGCCUUGUGACAGUGCAGUGCUGAUAUGGGGCCUGUUCAUGCUGCCUGGGCCGUGUUGGGCCUUGCUCCCCUGUUGGUCCUUGGCAUCCCUCCUGUGUGGACGCAGCCAGAGCAGGUGCACCUCUCCUAUCCAGGAGAGCCAGGUUCCAUGCUGGUGACCUGGACCACCUUCAAUAAAACAGGGAGCACAGUGGAAUACGGCGUCAUGGGGGGCCGACUGUUUGACAUGGCAGCCAAAGGGGACGCAACCCUGUUUGUAGAUUCAGGGACGGAGAAGAGGAGGAUGUUCAUCCACAGAGUGACACUGACAGGACUCAAACCCGCUACUGCUUAUGUCUAUCACUGUGGCAGUGAUGACGGCUGGAGCGACGUGUUUUCCUUCACCGCUCUGAAUGACAGCAGUAGCUUCAGUCCCAGAUUUGCUCUGUACGGUGACCUUGGCAACGAGAAUCCUCAGUCGCUAGCUCGACUACAGAAGGAGACGCAGCUCGGCAUGUACGACGUCGUCCUGCACAUUGGGGACUUUGCCUAUGAUAUGCAUGAGGACAAUGCCAGGAUCGGGGAUGAGUUCAUGAGGCAGAUCCAGUCCAUCGCAGCCUACGUCCCCUACAUGACCUGUCCAGGCAACCAUGAAUCUACAUACAACUUCUCCAACUACAGGAAUCGCUUCAGCAUGCCGGGCCGGACCGAGAGCCUGUGGUACAGCUGGAACCUGGGCUCCGCUCACUUCAUCUCUCUGUCCACUGAGGUUUACUUCUACCUGGAGUUUGGCCUGGAGCUGCUCUUCAAGCAGUUCGAAUGGCUGGAGAAGGACCUGCAGGAGGCGAACAGGCCCGAGAACAGAGCGGUGCGUCCGUGGAUCAUCACCAUGGGACACCGGCCCAUGUACUGCUCAGAUGACGACCAGGACGACUGCACCAAGUUUGACUCCUUUGUCCGACGGGGACGUAACGACACCAAACCGCCGGCUCCUGGUCUGGAGGAUCUAUUUUACCGCUAUGGAGUGGAUCUGGAGCUGUGGGCUCACGAGCACACGUAUGAGAGACUUUGGCCUGUUUAUGGCGACAAGGUGUUCAAUGGGAGCAAAGAGCAGCCUUAUGUGAACCCCAGAGCUCCAGUUCACGUUGUCACCGGUUCUGCUGGCUGCAGGGAGAGGACUGACAGGUUUAAUCCCAACCCCAAAGCGUGGAGCGCUUUCCGCAGCACAGAUUACGGCUACGGUCGCAUGCAAGUCGUCAACACUACCCAUAUUUACUUGGAGCAGGUUUCUGAUGAUCAAUAUGGCAAGGUGAUUGAUAGCAUAUGGGUGGUGAAGGAAGAGCACGGCUUCUCCGCGUGGUUCUGAAGACUGCCGUCGGUGCGUUCAGGUCCAAUCAUCAGGUUGCGUGUGCUAGUGGAUCACUGUCUUUUGUCUUUAAUCAUUUUCAAAUGGUUUUCCACUAUUGUAUACGAUGAUCAUCUACUGUAAAUGCUUGUACACUAAUAUACUGUGAAUCUUGCUUUUAUAAACAUUGUUGUAAACACUAAA